AUGAACCCACCAUCAUCUUCAUCAAAAUCAGCAAGACCCCAUUACAGAACAAGCUCAAAAAUUGACCCAAAAGCAAAGAAAAAUCUCUCUUCCAGAAACCCAUUGCAACGUCUCAACACCACUAUUGUCACUCCAAGCAACAGCAACUGCAGCGGCAGCAGCAAUAACAGUAGCUUUGAAGCUCCAAAGGGUUGUCUCAGGUUCUUUCUUUCCAAUUCUUCUUCUUCUAAUUCAAAUGCCAAAACCCCUUUCAUUGAUAGGCCAAUAAAAACCAAAACUUUCGGAAAAACCACCCCCAAAUCGGCUCCCAACCCUUCAAAACCUUUAAAACGUAGUGUUUUGCAGAAACCCAUUUCAGGGAAUGGGGAUAAGGUUAGAAAAAACCCGCCUUGUUUGUAUCAAUGGCAGUCUGGGAGAAAACCCAGUUCAGGAAAUGGGUCAAAAUCUAAAGUUUCUUCCGGUUUGGAUACCAGGGGCGGUCUAGUAAAUAAAGCGUCAUCUGGUUCUGAGAUUAGGGUUUUUGAUGUUGAUGAUGUGAAUUUCACUCCUCUGUGUAAGGUAAAUGAGAAAGAAAUUGAUCUGGAUGAUGAUGAGAAGUUGUCAAACCCUAGUGGGAACAAAAACAAAACUCCUCCUAUUCAGGCCUCUGUGUCUCCAGAGAUUCAAACACAAUGUGGCUCAUCGACAGUGGCUACAGCUACCACGCCCGCUUGUUAUGGGGCUGGAUAUGUUGUUUCUGGUGUCACUGACAAGAGAAAAUGUAGGCCUAGAGGAAUUCUUACUGUAGGAGAAAAUAAUGUGCUAGACUUUGGUGCAGUUAAGGAUAUUAGUGGUUUUAAUGAAGAUGAUUUUAGCAAUAAAGAGAAUGUUCCGGGAGUUGUUGAUAAUUCUUCUAGUGAUCUUAUGUUGCCUUUACCUGCUGAGGCUUCGAUGCAUUGGCUUUUGUCUCCUUGCAAUGAGGUGGAAGAGGAUCAUAAGGGGAAUUCUGAAUUUGGGUCAUGUUCAUAUCAGAUUCACUCUCCUAAUUCAAGUGUGUUCGGUGAUGAGUUUAAUUUUUCAGAUUUAUGUAAUGGUAGCAAUACUAGAAGCAGUGCUUGUGUUAGUGCUUGGAAGAAGAGUAAUUCUAUGUGUUCUUCAGGUGAACAAAUCUUGUGGCCUUUUCAUGACAGUGAGGCUGUUUUGUCUAUUCCCAAUUGUACACCUAGUUGCAAGGGUGCAGGUUUGGAAGAAGAGAUGAAGCUCUGUGGUGAUUUUGAUCGAGAGAAUUCUCCAUUUUCCAUGGAUGUGUUGGGAAGCAGAAAUGUUGUUCAAACUCCAGAGUCUGACUCAAGUUCUGAUAGAUGUGUUGGUUUGUUGCACUUAAAAGCAGAAGCUGGUAAACCACAUAAAUUUGAUUCUGAACUUGAUCCGAUCACUGAAAGUCUGAAGAGGACAAGUUUAUCUUCCAAGGGCCAUGAAUCAAUAUGGGAUCCAACCGGUUCAAGUUUUCAGUUUGAUUCUUUGGCAAUAGCUUCCAAUUCUGUUGAUCUUUCCCACUUCCAGAAAGUAUUGGAUGACCGGUCGUCUUGGGUGUCUACUUCUACUUUAGGGAAUGUAUCACAAUCACAGAUGAGGAUAUCAUGGAGAGAAGGAUUGGUGAGUCGGAUUUUUGAGAUGGAUGAGUUUGAUAGUUGCAGAUACUUAUCAGAUGAAGAGGAAGACGCCAGUGAGAAUCACAAUGAUCGGUUGAAUUGCUGUCAGAAUCUAGGGCUCAAUGUUGAACAUGGUUUUGGAUCAGCUGAAUUUGUUGAUACUGAACUGAAAACUAGAGAGAAAUUUGAAGAAAGACUACCUUCCCAACUAUCUUGUUCAUGCGCAGAGUCUAUUAGCACGGAUGGAGGUGGCCUCACAGCUUCAGGUGAUUCGGAUUGGACUCUAUGCUAUAAGAACCAGUUAUUUAAAGUAUGA